UGGGGUUGCCCCUCGGCUUUUCCCCGGCUCACGUCGAGAUCUUGGUUCGAGUGACCCGGGGUGUGGGACCUGGAAGUUUUAGCCUAGCUGUUCUCGAGGCGGAGAAAUUAGCCCAAGAAACGUUAUAUUCAUUGUUGAGCUGAGUGCAGUGGCAUGCGUCUAUAGUCAUAGCUACUACCAGGUUGAGGGCAGGAGAAUGGCUUGAAUUCAGGAGUUCCAGACCACGUGGGCAACAUAGCAAGACCCCAUCUCAAAAAACAAGUCUUGUUUUCUGGAUAUGCCGCAAAAGGAUCCGUGCCAGAAACAAGCCUGUGAAAUACAGAAAUGUUUACAAGCCAACAACUACAUCGAAUCAAAGUGUCAGGCUGUUAUCGAAGAACUGCGUAAGUGUUGUGCUCGAUAUCCCAAGGGAAGAUCUCUCGUCUGUUCAGGAUUUGAAAAAGAAGAAAACCUUAUACUGAAGUCUCCAUCAAAGUAAAGUUCUGCUGAGGAAUUUAUUAAAUGCUGCUCCAUGUUUCUACCAAGCGCAUUGUAUUUAUUCUCCUGACUUUCUUCAGGCCAGGUAGCAGCAAAUAGCAAAAGAAAAAGUCAACUAUAAAAGCUAAUGGAAUAUGCCAUCUAUGCAGAACAAAUAG